AUGUCUCUCCCGUUCUUCCACUCACUUCUCCGAGCCCUCACGUCCAGGUGGCCAGUUUUUCUCUAUGCGGCCACCUGGACUCUUUUUCUGACGGUGACAGUGGCCGUGGCUUCUUUCUCUCCUGAGAUUGCGUUUGUCACGGCCAUAUCUCCCUCCUCGCCCUUCUCCAAGUCUUGUGCUGGAGAGGGGUUUGUUAGAAUACCCUUGGAUUAUCCAAGAGAGGCAAUGUGCUUCCCGGCUAACAUGGUUCGGAGGUCCAACUUGGAUUUCUUUGUGCCUACGGUGUUUGCUGCUUUGAUUGUGGCGGGUUCGGCUUUUGUGGUGCGGUCCUUGGCCUUGUGGGAGGGGACAGAGAGACGCAGAGAGGUUGAUGAUGGCUUGAUGUUGUUCUCUAGAAACUAA